CCGGUUCUUCAGUCUCGUAACGGCGGGCCGGAGGGAAGGAGCUCCGUGACCCUGAGGACAGUUUCUCGAUUUUCGCCUCCGUUCUAUUCGGUUCCUCUUUCUCCCGCUGUUUUUCACCGCGAAUCCGCUCGAUGCGAGACGGCGCAUCCUUCUUCUCGUUGCUCUUCGGUUUCGCGAACGUGUAUCGUUAUCGGUUGCUUGUUUCUGUGAAGUGAAUUAUCGUCGGCGGAUUGUAGACGGACCUUCAGUGGUGUACAUGUGCCCUGGGACUAGAAAUACAUUGUAGAACGUAGGAGAAACAAAACGAAUAUGCUGAUAAGAGAAUUGGCGGCCAUUUGGGUCGCCGUCCUCUUGUGCCAUCUUCAGCUAACGGAAUCUCAGGUUCCUGCUACAAAUCUCUUUACCUGUCAAAAUGGAUGGGAGCUGCGAGGCAUACACUGUUAUAAAUUCUUCAACAUCAGGCACUCCUGGGAAAAAGCGGCGGAACUAUGCAGGAGGUACGGAAGCGAGCUGAUGGUGGUGGAGUCGUACAGCGAGAACAACAUGUCGGCGAGUAUGAUCGGCCGGCAUUUGAAUCGUUACUGGUUGGGUCUUGCCUCGCUCGACGAUUUACGAACCAACACACUCGAGUCCGCCGCGGGAAUGCUCGUCUCGCAAUACACCGGUUUCUGGGCGCCGAGUCAACCGAACACAAAUUCAGGCGAGUGUGUGGAUGUCGCUUUGACGGAUGACCGACAAACGUGGGAACUGACCACGUGCGAGUCGCUUCUUCCUUUCAUGUGUCGUGCCAACGCUUGUCCUUCCGGUUCGUUCCACUGCUCAAACGGCAAUUGCAUUAAUGCGGCAUUCAAGUGCGACAAGCAGGACGACUGCGGUGAUUAUUCGGACGAAUUGGAUUGCCCUGCUAACUGCCAGUACUACAUGGCGAGCAGCAGCGGCACCGUGCAAAGCCCGAAUUAUCCACACAAAUAUGCACCGCUCAGUAAUUGCAAGUGGACGCUGGAAGGUCCACAAGGGCAUAAUAUUGUGCUGCAGUUCCAAGAAUUCGAGACCGAGAAGAGCUUUGACAUCGUGCAGAUCCUCGUGGGCGGUAGAACCGAGGAGAAGUCUGUGAGUUACGCGACCCUCUCCGGCAAACAAGAACUCAACAAUAAACACUUUGUCUCGGCUUCGAACUUCAUGAUCAUCAAGUUCAGCACUGAUGCAUCUGUAGAAAGGAAAGGCUUCCGCGCUACUUGGAAGACGGAACCGCAGAAUUGUGGCGGAAUCUAUAGAGCAACGCCGCAAGGGCAAGUGCUCACAUCCCCGGGAUAUGUAGAAAUGCAGAAUUAUCCUGGAGGACUUGAAUGCUUGUAUAUCCUGCAAGCUCAGCCGGGACGCAUAAUUUCAUUGGAGAUUGAAGACUUGGAUCUCGAAGCGCAUCAGGAUUACAUUCUCGUAAGGGAUGGAGACUCGCCUAUGAGCCGGCCAAUCGCGCGUCUCACGGGAAGAUUGGAGGACAAUCCUGCAGUGAUUAUGUCCACCGGAAACAAUUUAUAUCUGUACUUUAAAACAAACCUCGGCGAUUCCAAGCGAGGUUUCAGCAUUCGUUUCACGCAGGGCUGUAAAGCCACGAUCAUCGCGAGAAACGGGACAAUUGAAUCGCCUUCUUACGGCCUCAACGAUUAUCCUAAUAAUCAAGAAUGUUUGUACAGAAUCAAAAAUCCGGAGAGAGGACGACUGUCUCUGAAAUUUGUCAACUUUGAUGUUCAUACGAGUGAUCACGUGCAGAUAUACGAUGGUUCCAAUACAAACGGUUUACGUUUGCACCCCGGCGAUGGUUUUACUAAUAACACUCUACCUACGCUCACGCUCACUGCGGAAAGCGGAGAGAUGCUCGUCAGAUUCGUCUCUGACGCUCUGCACAGCAAAAUUGGCUGGCAAGCGAAGUUUUCCGCCGAUUGCCAGCAGUUACAACCCGGCAAGGGUGCUUUAGCGUCGCCUCGCGAGACGGCCUUCGGCACAACGACUGUAUUCUCGUGUCCGGAAGGACAGGAAUUCGCGACAGGAAAAUCGAAGAUUGUUACGAGAUGUCUCCCCGGAGGAAUCUGGUCUAUUACGUAUAUUCCCAAAUGUCAAGAAGUGUACUGCGGCCCCGUGCCUCAAAUCGACAACGGAUUUUCAAUUGGCUCUUCGAACGUUACCUUUAAAGGGCUUGCAACCUAUCAGUGUUACGCGGGAUUCGCGUUUCCUUCUGGACGGCCAACAGAGCAAAUCUCAUGUAUGGCUGACGGAAGGUGGCAGAAAAAGCCGUCUUGUUUGGCGUCACAGUGUGCUCCGCUGCCAGACGCACCUCAUUCCAAGAUAACCAUAUUGAACGGAAGUGGUCGAAGCUAUGGCACAAUUGUCAGGUUCGAGUGCGAGCCUGGAUACAUAAGAAGCGGACAUCCCGUCAUUCUUUGCAUGAGCAACGGCACGUGGUCCGACGAAGUACCGACAUGUUCUCGCGCCACGUGUCCACUGCUACCAACGAUUAAAAAUGGAUUCGUUGUCGAUACUAACAAAGAUUAUUACUUCAACGAUGAAGCUAGAGUGCAGUGUAACAGAGGAUACAAACUUAUCGGAUCAAAUAUUAUACAAUGCGGACCUUACCAACAAUUCGACAAUGUGCCGUCUUGCGAAGAUAUAAAUGAGUGUGCGUCGAGCCAAUGCGAUCUGGCAUCCACGGAAUGCAUAAACAAUCCCGGUGCAUUUACAUGCAAAUGUAAGCCAGGUUUUGCACCAACUAUGGAGUGUCGAACGAUCAGCGAUCUUGGACUCAUUAACGGCGGCAUUCCCGAUGAAUCGAUUACGGUUUCGAGCUCACAAAUCGGAUAUACAAAGACCGGCAUUCGUUUGAACAACGGCGACGGCUGGUGCGGCAAUAGCCUCGAACCGGGCGCUAGCUGGGUGAUGAUCGAUCUGAAAGCACCUAUGAUCAUUCGCGGAUUCCGCACUCAAGUAGUAACCAGAAUCGACGGAAACAUAGCUUACACGUCGGCCUUGCGAAUUCAGUACACGGACAAUUUGACGGACAUCUUCAAAGACUACAGUAAUCCAAACGGCACCACGGCGGUGGAGUUCAGGAUUCUGGAGCCGACGCUUUCCGUCUUGAAUUUACCUGUGCCGAUCGAAGCGCGCUACGUGAAAUUCAAGAUACAGAGCUACCACGGCGCGCCGUGCUUGAAGCUGGAGAUAAUGGGAUGCACUAGGCAAGAGUGCAACGAUAUUAAUGAGUGCACAUACCGCAACGGUGGCUGUCAUCAGAAAUGUAUCAACAGCCCUGGCAGCUAUUCCUGCAUGUGCAACACGGGUUACGAACUAUACAAGGGCAAUGGCACGGCUGGAUUCAAUUUGGCAAAAUCAGAAACCGGUGAAAGGGAUGGCGAUUUGUAUCAGAGAAAUAAGACGUGCGUGCCGGUGAAGUGUCCGCCAUUAACGGCGCCGGAAAACGGAAAAAUAUUGACAACUAAGAAGCAGCAUCAUUUUGGCGAUCUCGUCAAAUUCCAAUGUAACUUUGGUUAUGUACUAUCUAGACCGUCGGCUGUAAUUUGUACUUCUUCCGGUGUUUGGAACGGAACCAUUCCUGAAUGUCAAUAUGCAAAAUGCGUAUCGCUACCGGACGACAAGAACGACGGCCUGUCCGUGAUUCGAAAUGAUGAAACCAGCGUGCUGGUGCCCUUCAAGCAUAACGUCACCUUGCAGUGCAACAACAAGGGCCGCUACUUACGCAAAACUGCGACAUCCGGUUUCCGACAGUGCGUGUACAAUCCGAAACCCGGCUUUCCUGAUUACUGGCUGUCCGGUUUGCAGCCGGCGUGUCCUCGCGUGGAUUGCGGCAAGCCUCUUCCCACACCCGGCGCCGAGUACGGCGAGUACUCGGACAGCAAAUAUCAAUCCGCAUUCUACUUCGGCUGUCAGGUUACCUUCAAACUGGCUGGCCAGAGCAGCCACAACGACAACGUCGUGCGAUGCCAAGCGAAUGGCGUUUGGGAUUUCGGUAACCUGCGAUGCGAGGGCCCGGUUUGCGAAGAUCCCGGAAGGCCGAGCGACGGUUUCCAGAUAGCGCGAAGCUACGAGCAGGGCUCGGAGGUGCAGUUUGGCUGCAACCGAGCCGGCUACAUCCUCGUCAACCCGCGACCGAUCGUCUGCGUCCGCGAGCCGGAGUGCAAGGUCGUGAGGCCCCUCGGUCUCGCCUCCGGGCUAAUCCCGGACUCGAUGAUAAACGCUACUACCGAGCAUCCGAACUAUGAGGCCAGGAACAUCCGGCUGAACUCCGUGACCGGCUGGUGCGCCAAGCCGGAGACUUUCUCCUACGUGAGCGUCGACCUCGGUCGCGUUCGCCGAGUGAAGGCGAUCCUCGUGAAAGGCGUGGUCACCAACGACCUCGUCGGCAGACCCACGCAGAUUCGAUUCUUCUACAAGCAGACGGAGAGCGAGAAUUACGUCCUCUACUUCCCAGACUUCAACCUGACCAUGCGCGAGCCCGGAAAUUACGGCGAACUGGCGAUGAUCACCCUACCGAAGUACGUGCAAGGCCGAUUUAUCAUCCUCGGUAUUAUAAGCUACAUAGACAAAGCUUGCCUCAAGUUCGAGCUGAUGGGAUGCGACGAACCGACAAACGAACCGACGUUGGGUUACGAUUACGGUUUCUCACCCUGCGUGGACAACGAGGUUCCGGUCUUCCAGAAUUGUCCGCAAAAACCUAUAAUCGUACAGAGAGGACCCGACGGAGAAUUGCUUCCGGUGAACUUCACAACACCGAUCCCUAUCGACAACAGCGGAGGUAUCGCGCGAGUGGAAGUGAUUCCCGAAGGCUUCAGAACUCCCAUUCAUAUCUUCGAGAGCAUGAUCGUUAAAUACGUGGCCUUCGACUACGACGGCAAUGUCGCUAUUUGCGCGAUUAACAUUACCGUGCCGGAUGUAACGCCGCCCAAAUUGAGCUGUCCUCAGAGCUAUGUCAUUGAACUGAUCGAUAAACAAGAAAGUUACUCCAUUAACUUUAAUGAGACACGAAGGCGCAUUAACGCUACGGACGCAUCCGGUCCUGUGAUGAUCACUUUUUCGCCAGAACGCGCAGUAAUUCGCACCGGUGGCUUCGAAAAUGUUACUGUCUACGCGACGGACUCCAGCGGCAAUAAAGCAACUUGUCACUUCCAAGUGUCCGUCCAGGCAACGCCGUGCGUCGAUUGGGAAUUGAAACCGCCGGCUAACGGCGGUCUAAAGUGCAUCCCCGGGGACAAAGGGCUGCAAUGCAUAGCAACCUGCAAAGCUGGCUAUAGAUUCACCGACGGUGCAUCCACGAAGACAUACGGCUGUAGCGUUAAUAAACGGUGGACACCUUCAUCAAUGGUUCCCGAUUGUGUUUCAGAAAACACGCAACAGGCUGAUUAUCACGUAAUCGCCUCGGUGACUUAUCGCGCGAACGGCGCCGUUUCUCGAUCCUGCCUACCGAUGUAUCAAGAUCUCCUGAGUCAAUAUUACAUGAACCUGAAUUCUAUUUUAACGGAUCGCUGUUCCAACGUUGUCGCCGUGAAUAUGAAUGUUUCCUUCGUGAGAUCUUUGCCCUUAUUGAUCGAAGAGAACGUUGUCAAGAUGGACUUCGUUUUGGUCAUCCUUCCGGCGAUACGUCAAACAAAAUUGUACGAUCUCUGCGGUUCCACGUUGAAUCUGAUCUUCGAUGUAUCGGUACCGCAUACGAGCGCAAUUAUCGAGCCUUUAUUGAACGUUUCGGCGAUCGGCAAUCAAUGCCCGCCCCUUCGUGCUCUCAAAUCGUUAAUCAACAAAGGAUUUACGUGCAGCAUCGGUGAAGUUUUGAAUACGGAUACCAACGAUGUUCCUCGUUGCCUGCAUUGUCCCGCCGGAUCUUUUGCCGGGGAGAAGCAGAAGCAAUGCACACCCUGCUUGAAGGGCUAUUAUCAGAACAACGAUCGUCAAGGUUCCUGCUUGCGCUGUCCGCACGGCAUGUACACGAAGGAGGAAGGAUCAAAGCACAUAGACGACUGCGUUCCCGUCUGCGGUUACGGCACAUACUCGCCCAACGGUCUUGUGCCCUGUCUCGAGUGUCCUAAAAACAGCUACACCGGCGAGCCACCGACUGGCGGCUACAAGGAUUGUCAGACCUGUCCUGCCGGAACGUUCACCUAUCAACCGGCCGCGCCUGGUCGCGAUGAGUGCCGUGCCAUGUGUUCCCCGGGCAUGUACUCGAACACAGGACUCGCUCCUUGCAGCCAGUGUCCGAAAAACUUCUUCCAGCCUCAGCACGGAGCGACCACUUGCAUCGAGUGUCCUGUGAAUAUGCAAACAGACGGAACCGGCUCGGUGGGUCGCGAGGAAUGCAAGCCUAUCCAGUGCAACGACAAUAUAUGUCAGCACGGCGGUACCUGCAAGGCCAAAGGACACGGCAUGCUCUGCCGCUGUCCGGCCGGUUUCUCUGGGAGACGUUGCGAAAUCGAUAAUGAUGAAUGCGCGUCCCAGCCGUGCUACAACGGUGCAACUUGCAUAGAUCUGCCGCAGGGCUACAGGUGCCAGUGCGCCAAUGGCUAUUCCGGUAUUAAUUGUCAGGAGGAGAAAUCCGACUGCACCAACGACACGUGUCCGGAAAGAGCCAUGUGCAAGAACGAGCCUGGAUUUAACAAUUACACUUGCCUCUGCCGUUCGGGAUACACUGGAGUCGAUUGCGACAUCACCAUUAAUCCUUGCACAGCCAGCGGAAAUCCUUGCAACAACGGCGCGACUUGCGUGGCCCUUCAACAAGGCCGCUACAAGUGUGAGUGUUUGCCAGGCUGGGAGGGUCAGAGCUGCGAAAUCAACACCAACGAUUGCGCAGAGCGACCCUGUCUGCUCGGAGCCAAUUGCACCGAUCUGAUCGCCGACUUUUCUUGCGACUGCCCGCCCGGAUUCACCGGCAAACGAUGCCACGAGAAGAUCGAUCUGUGCUCGGGCAAUCCCUGCCUGAACGGCAUCUGCGUGGAUAAUCUCUUUAGCCAUGAAUGCAUCUGCCAUCCAGGAUGGACCGGCUCCGCCUGCGAGAUCAACAUCAACGAGUGUGCGCUGGCACCGUGCCAGAAUAACGGCCAGUGCCUCGACCACAUCGACGACUAUACGUGUAGUUGCGAGCCCGGUUACACGGGCAAAGACUGCCAGCACACCAUCGACCACUGCGCAUCAGAUCCUUGUCAGUACGGCGCCACAUGCAUAAAUCAAUUGGAAGGAUCCGUGUGCAGAUGCAGACCCGGCUACGCCGGGCUGCAUUGCGAGACGGAGAUCGACGAGUGCCUCAGCGAUCCUUGCAGCCAGGUCGGCACGGACCGCUGCGUGGAUCUUGACAACACCUUCCUCUGCCAUUGUCGCGAGGGCUACACCGGAAUGUCCUGCGAAACUAACAUCGACGACUGCGCGUCCGAUCCGUGCCUGAACGGCGCGACGUGUAGAGACGAAGUCGGCGGCUUCAAAUGUAUGUGCACCGAAGGAUGGACCGGCGUUCGCUGCGAGAGCGACAUCGGUAUGUGUCAGAAUCAACCCUGCCAGAACGACGCCGCCUGCGUCGAUUUGUUCGUGGAUUACUUCUGUGUCUGUCCAUCUGGAACCGAUGGCAAGCAGUGCGCAACGGCGCCGCAACGCUGCAUCGGGAAUCCGUGCAUGCACAACGGUCGUUGCCAAGACUUCGGCUCCGGCUUGAAUUGCACAUGCCCUGAGGAUUACACGGGUAUCGGCUGCCAAUACGAAUACGACGCUUGUCAAGCCGGCGCUUGCAAAAAUGGUGCAACCUGCAUCGACGAAGGUUCUGGAUUCACCUGCUUAUGUCCUCCAGGAUAUACCGGUAAAACUUGCGAGGAGGAUAUAAUUGAUUGCAAAGAGAACUCUUGUCCGCCAUCGGCGACCUGCAUUGACCUCACCGACAAAUUCUUCUGCCAGUGUCCGUUCAACUUGACAGGCGACGAUUGCAGAAAAUCUAUCCAAGUGGAUUACGAUUUGUACUUUAGCGAUCCGAGACGCAGCAGUGCUUCGCAGAUCAUUCCAUUCUUUACUGGCUCGACCAAGAGCCUGACUGUCGCUAUGUGGGUGCAAUAUACGGAUAAUAAAGAGGAAAGUGGAAUUUUCUUCACUCUUUAUGGCGUCAGCUCGCCGCACGUUCCUACGAACCGCAGAGUCAUGAUUCAAGCACACAGCAAUGGAGUUCAAGUAUCUCUCUUCCACGAUCUGCAAGACACUUAUCUACAAUCCACCGGAGAAUACACGAAUAUAAAUGACGGACAAUGGCAUCAUGUGGCACUUGUGUGGGACGGAGAAAAUGGUGGAGAACUUAUAUUAAUCAUCGACGGUCUCAUCGCUGGCAAGACUGAGAAAUACGGUAGCGGCAGAUCGCUUCCGGCGUAUGCGUGGGCGGUGUUAGGAAAGCCGCACAGCGAAACCCCGAAGGGCUACAUGGACGGCUUCCAAGGCCACUUGACAAAAGUGCAAGUCUGGAGCCGUGCGCUGCAUGUGACGAAUGAGAUUCAGAAACAAGUGCGCGACUGUCGCACGGAACCGGUUCUCUAUCAAGGCCUCGUGCUAACCUGGGCGGGAUACGACGAAACCGUGGGUGGGGUUGAGAGAGUCGUGCCGUCACAUUGCGGCCAGAGAAUCUGCGCCCCCGGUUUCGGCGGCAACAAGUGUCAGGAGCUCGAAGUCGAUAAGAUCCCGCCGAACGUGAAACAUUGCCCGGGCGAUCUCUGGGUGCUCGCGAAGAACGGAUCGUCCAUCGUCACCUGGGACGAGCCGCACUUCAGCGACAACGUCGGCAUCGUGAAAAUUCAGGAGAAGAACGGACAUCGGUCGGGGCAAACUCUUCUGUGGGGCACUUACGAUAUUAGUUACGUGGCUUACGACCAAGCCGGAAAUUCAGCCAGCUGCAGCUUCAAGGUUUACGUGCUGGCGGACUUUUGUCCAACACUGGAGGAUCCCAUCGGCGGCACGCAACAGUGCAAGCAGUGGGGUUCGGGAGGUCAGUUCAAGGUUUGCGAGAUUUCUUGCAACGCUGGAUUACGAUUCUCGCAGGAAGUUCCCAAAUUUUACACGUGCGGUGCGGAAGGUUUCUGGAGACCUACCAGCGAUCCUAGUCUACCAUUAGUGUAUCCUGCUUGUACAAGCGCUACGGCAGCCCAAAGAGUCUUCAGGAUUAAAAUGAACUUCCCCACGUCAGUGCUCUGUAACGAGGCCGGUCAAGGUGUGCUCAAGCAGAAGGUUAAAAACGCCGUGAACUCUCUGAACAGAGACUGGAACUUCUGUUCGUACUCUAUCGAAGGCACUCGUGAGUGUAGACAUCUUGAUAUCGAUGUACAAUGCGACCAUCGCGCGCGCACGACAAGGGAAACGAGCGAAGAGGACGGCGGAACGUACGUCGUUUCCGCUGUCGUGUCCACAGAAGCAACAAGACAGGGUCGCCAAGGCAGUGAUACCUACGAAGUGGAGAUCUCAUUCCCGGCGAUAAACGAUCCGAUCCUAAACGCCAAUUCGCAGGAGCGCUCCACCGUGCAGAAGCUACUCGAAAAACUGAUCCUAGAACAGGCUCAAUUUGACGUUCACAAUAUUCUGCCUAACACCGUACCGGACCCUGCGUCCCUCGUUCUGGAAUCCGAUUAUGCCUGUCCGAUAGGCCAAGUUGUCAUGACGCCGGAUUGCGUACCAUGUGCGGUGGGCACUUACUAUGACGAGGAGACGAAGCAGUGCGUGUCUUGCCCCGUGGGCACUUACCAGAGCGAGUCCGGGACACUGAAAUGCAGUUCCUGUCCGGUGAUUGCCGGUCGUCCCAGCGUGACCGUCGGCCCCGGCGCGCGUAGCGCGGCGGAUUGCAAAGAGCGUUGUCCCGCCGGCAAAUAUUACGACGACGUGGCCGGCCUCUGCCGCAGCUGCGGCCAUGGAUUCUACCAGCCGAACGAGGGCAGCUUCUCCUGCCUGCUGUGCGGCCUCGGAAAGACCACGAGGACGGCCGAGGCGGUGUCUCGAGAGGAAUGCCGGGAUGAAUGCGGAUCCGGACAGCAAUUGGCCGUCGAAGGAAAGUGCGAGCCUUGUCCGCGCGGCACGUAUCGCACCCAAGGAGUGCAAGCGUCAUGCCAGGCAUGUCCGCUUGGCAGAACGACCCCGAAUAUGGGAGCCGCGGCGAUAGAAGAAUGCUCGCUUCCGGUCUGCGAACCCGGAACUUACCUAAACGGAACGCUCAACGAGUGCAUGGAGUGCAAGAAAGGAACCUACCAAUCGGAACCGCAGCAGACCUUCUGCAUCCCAUGCCCGCCUAAUACCAGCACCCAAGGAUCUGCUGCUACGAACAAAGCAGAGUGCACGAACCCUUGUGAGACCAGUGGCCAGGAGAUGCACUGCGACGCAAACGCAUACUGUUUACUUAUACCAGAGACAAGCGACUUUAAAUGCGAGUGCAAGCCCGGAUACAACGGCACCGGAACCGUGUGCACAGACGUGUGUCUGGGCUACUGCGAUAACGAGGGCGUCUGUCUAAAAGACUCGCGCGGACAGCCCUCGUGCCGAUGCAGCGGCAGCUUCACCGGCAAGCAUUGCACGGAGAAGUCCGAGUUCUUCUAUAUUACCGGCGGUAUAGCGGGAGGAGUUAUCUUGAUAAUUAUCGUGGUGCUGCUCGUCUGGAUGAUUUGCGUCAGAGCCUCUAGAAAGAAGGAACCGAAGAAGAUGCUUACGCCAGCGACCGAUCAAAACGGCUCACAAGUGAACUUCUAUUACGGCGCGCCAACUCCGUAUGCCGAGUCGAUAGCGCCGUCACAUCACAGCACGUACGCUCAUUACUACGAUGAUGAGGAGGAUGGUUGGGAAAUGCCCAACUUCUAUAACGAGACUUACAUGAAAGAGAGCCUGCACAACGGCAAGAUGAACAGUCUUGCACGAUCGAAUGCCAGUAUUUACGGCACGAAAGAUGAUCUUUAUGACAGACUGAAGCGUCACGCGUAUACUGGUAAAAAAGAUAAGAGCGACAGCGACAGCGAAGGCCAGUGACCGGGUAGAAUGACUUUCAUGCCAACGUAGAGUACGAAAGAGCGAGAGAUAUCAGUGUAAUCAGACGGGGCGACGACGAUAUCUCAUCCUUCGAGCGACCUCGUCGUCGUUGCUCCACCCGAUCGACGGAUCGUGCUAUUAGUUAAGAUAUUUUUACACAUGACGUCAUGCGAGAUCCGCGGUCAUCGUGAUCGUGCAACUGGACAUGAGAAAGAGGGGGAGAGAGAGAGAGAGAGAGAAAAAGCGAGAGAGAAAAAUGCACGAUCAGAGCUGCGUGAUCUCGUAUUGACGCGAAGAAAUGCACUUUGAUCGACGACCGGUGAACGACGCAAGAGUCCUGGAACGGCGAUCGGCAGAGAUCGAAACGUACACCGAUCGUUGCUUCGGCACGCGUCCAUCGAGUAGCAAACUCGAGGUGCGCCAGGAUCACAAAAAAAAAUUAAUAAAAAAACAAAAAAUAAUACCCGUCCGUCCUUCGAAGUGAAAUUCGAUGCGUGUUCAAUGAUUAAAGAGACUUACGCGUGAGGUUGUAAUUUUUGUAAUUUAAUAUCAUGUAGAUUUUAAGGACCAACCCAGUACCAUCUCCACCAUCAUCCUCUCCCUUCUGUCCCCCUUUUUUUUUUAUUAACUCAUACGAUUAACGGUGCGUACGUGAACGGAACUGUGUGCUUGCAUGUUAAUAUAACUAUACGUACGUGGAUAUAUAUUUUGUUACUUCCGAAGGUAUACGCAUCACGUUGUAAUAUAAUAGUGUGCAGGCGCGCGACAGCGCGACGGGGAAAUUUGACGAGAUUUCGAAUUUAAUUUUAGAAGCCGGAGAAGAAAGUGAAGGGAUCUCGUGAAAAUCCCCCGCGACGUGAGAAACCCAGUUGAUUCACAAUGACCAAAAAGCUUUGGAAACAUUUAGAGUGUACUCUCUCACGCGAACAGUAAAAACGGAAAUGUAGAGCCGAGUGUGACGAAACAGUGAACUUUAUGUCUACGCGGCGAGUGUGCACCAAACGAUGCCUACCACGCUGUUUUUCAUUUAUGUUGUAAAAAC